CUUCCGGUCUUGCUCGCGGCUGCCAGUGCUAGUUGCUAACAUGGCGAGCGGCUAGCUAAAAGUCGUUGAAUUCCAUUCAGUCAUGGGGGCUUUUAGUUUCAGUUGCAUGGCAUAAGAGUAAAUUACCCCAUUUGAACCUUGAGACCUGCAGUCGUAUUCGGGGGUAUUACUCCUGGUUUUCUUCUUUAGAAGGCAAAAGGAGCACAGCAUCACAAUGGGACGACGUUCAACUUCGUCCACCAAGAGUGGGAAAUUCAUGAACCCCACGGAUCAGGCCAGAAAAGAAGCCAGGAAAAGGGAGUUAAAAAAGAACAAAAAGCAGAGAAUGAUGGUGAGAGCUGCAGUGCUUAAGAUGAAGGACCCAAGACAGAUAAUCAGAGACAUGGAGAAAUUGGAUGAGAUGGAGUUCAAUCCAGUCCAGCAACCCAUGCUGAAUGAGAAAGUGCUGAGGGACAAGCGGAAGAAGCUACGGGAGACAUUUGAACGUAUUGUUCGUCUGUAUGAGCGGGAGAAUCCUGAAACCUACAAGGAUCUGCGCAAACUGGAGUUAGAAUAUGAGAGUAAACGGGGCCAGCUGUCACUCUAUUUUGAUUCAGUCAAGAAUGCAGAAUCUGUGGAGGUUGACAGUAUUCCUUUACCAGAUAUGCCCCAUGCACCAUCCAAUAUCCACAUCCAAGACAUCCCUCUACCAGGGGCUCAGCCUCCUUCAAUACUGAAGAAGGGCUCGUUGUUUGGGAAGGCACCUCUAUCUGUCCCAAUAUUGCCUACGUUGCCACCUGUGCCACGCUUACCCCCUGGGAAGAAACCCCCUGGGCCGCCACCUGGGCCCCCACCACCACAUAUCUUGGCAUUGUAUGGUAUUCCUUCACGGCGGCCUUAUGGCACUGAAUUGGAGCCCUCAAUUCCUGGCCUGGAAAAGGGCUUAACAGAUAUGGGAAGAGAUCAGGAUAGCGGCAGUGGGAGCGACAGGGACGAUUUGGACGACAAUGACAGCGACUCUGAGGAAGACAGCGAUGACGAGCGGGAUGAAGAUGAUGACUCCAGAAAGGGAGACAGACAUGACAAGAGAGCUGAGGAGAAAGGUCGCAGUGUACGUUUUGCAGACAUGCCUUCAGACACGUCCGGUGACGGAACGAAAAAGAAAAAGUCUGGGAAGAAGACAAAGGCCAUUACGCCUCUUCAGGCGAUGAUGUUAAAGAUGGCAGGUCAGUCAAUUCCUGAAGAGGAUGAAGAAAUUGAGGAAGAGUUCUCAGAUGAAUCAGAUAGUUCUGACGGUGAGGACAAGGGACCACCAGGGGACACGUCCCAACUGGCUGCCGGUCAGCGUCCUCCUCCUUCAAGUGGGCCACUGGGGCAGCCCCCACCCUUACAGGGUCCUCCGAUGACCGGGCCUCCACCUAUGGGUCCUCCGCCAGCUCCACCUAUAAGGCCUCCCGGUCCACCCUCUGGUCCACCACCUGGACCUCCACCAGGUGCUCCUCCGUUCUUAAGGCCAUUGGGUAUUCCUGGCAUGAGGGGUCCAAUACCUCGUCUUCUACCCCCUGGGCCUCCACCAGGUCGCCCGCCUGGUCCUCCACCUGGUCCCCCUCCUGGUCUUCCUCCAGGCCCACCACCACGUGGACCCCCUCCACGGCUACCGCCUCCAGCUCCUCCCGGUAUCCCACCUCCUCCCCCAAGAACAGGAGGGCCUCCCCGUCCCAUGGCACCACCUCUUUCACUCUUUCCACCACCUCUCAGCGGCAACGUGCUUAGUGCUCCUCCCAGCCUCGUCCAGCGGCAAAAAGGCCCAGGAUCCGGCCAGGAUGGCCCGCAAGGCAACAUGCCUCCGCCGUCAAUGUCCAUGCGCUCCAGUGUCAUGCAAAUGCCCCCUCCCCCAGGAACCGCUGCAGCCUCUGCUGUCAGCCACCUCCACGCAGCCACCAUUGAAAAACGGGCCAACCUCACCUCUGUCGCCGGGGCAGGCGGCCUGGCAGGCGGUGCUGGCUCUGGGGCCACUAUCUCUGCCAAACCACAAAUCAUCAAUCCCAAAGCGGAAGUCACACGGUUUGUGCCCACUGCACUGCGAGUGCGAAGGGACAAGAGUGGUGCGGCGCCGGGGCCAGUGGUUGGUCCGUUGGACAGAGGUGCUUUCGGGGGGAGAAGGGGAGAUGACGGUAUGGCAAGUGGCCAUGGUCACAAACAUCACUCUUCCGCUGCUUCUGUGAACAUGUCUCACUCAGCUCAAAUUGGGGCUGUAGCUCAGCCCAGCAUGAAGACCAAGGACCAGGUGUAUGAAGCCUUCAUGAGGGAGAUGGAGGGUCUCCUGUGAUAUGCACCAAGGUCAUACUGAAACCAUGUUUUUGUCUGUAAGUGCAUCAUAAUAGAGGUCGUGUUCUUCAAGGCUAUCCUGGUUCUGUUGUUUCUGUUAAGAACCCAAGACUGCUAUGUUCUAUGACGGCGUGGUCUUAAAUGUUCAUUUCAUUCAAUCUGCAAUGCUAAUUUGGUCAAAUCAGCCAAACAUAAAAUAUGUAGUUGUGUGAGUAAUCUGAAACAAUUAGGUCUAAUUGAGUGGUUGCAACACCCCAAAAUUUGAUUUCCUCGGUACUCUGCUCUCGGGAAUGACAGUUACUGUUGUUUUAACUUAGCUAGGAUCUAUAUUUUUUAUUGCACUGGCAAAGAUAUCUCAAACUGUUUGAUCUGCAUCUAAAUAAACACUUCAACUCAU